AUGCGCACAGUCCUCACAGCAGCAGCUGAGGUGCUGCUGUGGCCGUUUGGCAUCCGGCGAAGAAGCGGAAAACGCGGAGACAGUGAGCAAGAUGGAGAUGGCGGCGACUGGGAAGUGGAUCCGGCGCAAUUCGUUGCUGCCCUUUCUGGUGCCAGCCUGGCCUACUGGGCAUGGGGAAGGAUGCGCUCCCAAGCAUCGCUACAAGCCACUCCCAGUCUAGAGGCUGCACCGCCUCCAGUGACACGAAUUCCCCUUUCAGAGUUUCUAUCGUUGCUGCGAGAUGGGGCAGUUACGGCGGUCAGCUACCUUGCAGACCGCCCGCCGGCAGGUGCUCUGCUCUUGAAGGCGGCAGUUCCGACUCUGACAACCAUGGCCAGCCAGUCAGGAAAAUCUGCACUGUCUCCCUUGCCGGUGGAGAAAUCCAUGGAAACCCUUCUUCUGCCAGGCAGCCACCAGGGUGUCUUUGAGGACUAUGCAUGCGAUUCAAUCUUCGUCCGAUGCAUUCAAGCCAGGCUAAUCUUCAGUGUUGAACGCUCAUCUGGAGAUCGCAUGCAGAUCGGUUUUCACAGUGCAGCUGUUCAGUGUUGCAAGUGCUCAUCGAUGUGCCAAAGCGCAAUCAAUGGCCUGCUGCGCCUGCUAGGAGUGGUGCAAAGGGAAGACUUCUUGGAUGAUGGCAAAGUUCCUGAAGUCUUCCGGCAGCGCUAUGCCCCGUGUCCCGAGUCGCAGCCGCUGCCCCUCCUGCUUCAGCAAGUGCUAGAGGACACCACGCCACCAGAGGAACCAAAGGCAUAUUUCCGUCCUCGGAGGAAGUUUCCUUUGCAUUUCCUCCACGGCACCCUCCAGUCUUCGGGCUUGAGCCAAGCCGUCUACUGUUUUCACGCAGAUGACAAGGAUGUGAUCCAAAAAGUGUUCGUUCACUGGUCUCUGGACACGACGCUGGAGGGGCCACCAGGCUGCUGUCAUGGUGGGUGUUCUGCGGCUCUGAUCGAUGAUGCGUUUGGAGCGUUCGCGAACACGUACUUACGGAGCCUGGGACGCAGCGGACGGGCGGCAACAGCGUAUCUUCAUGUGGACUACAAGGCGAUGACACCGCUGCCUUCGCAAGUUGUGUGCAUCGUGACGCUGGACCGUGCAGAGGGUCGCAAAAUCUUCUUAAAAGGCCGCAUGGUGGAAGCCUCGGCCUCACUGCAGACAACUUGCGAAGCAUCGGCUCUUUUUGUGGAGCUCAAGGACAAGACGAGCCCCACGGAGCUCCGAUCACGCUCUGACGUGCAGUUCGAGUGUCGAGAAGUGGCAGCAGGAUCUGACUCUGAGAUCAACAGGCUCUCGCUGUUGAUCGAUCUUGGUGGACUUGUGGCUUCCUUGGGCGCUUUGUGGUAUCUUUUCAGAAGCAAUGGCCAGACUUUCGCGGCCAAGCAUCUUGAGGAAAACCGCGACUUCAAUCGCCGACCUGCGGUAACGUUUGAUGACGUGGCAGGAAUGGAGAACACGAAGGAAGAGUUGCAAGAGGUCAUUGCGUAUUUGCGUGAUCCGAACAGAUUCUAUGCUUUAGGAGCACGGCCACCCCGUGGCAUCCUUCUGGCUGGUCCUAGUGGCACUGGAAAGACGCUUAUGGCUCGUGCGGUUGCUGGCGAGGCUGGUGUUCCCUUUCUUUACGCCAGUUCGGCAUCCUUCGUCGAAAUUUUUGUCGGCCAAGGAGCACAGCGCAUCCGACAAUUUUUUGAUCAGGCUCGCGCGUGUGCACCUUGCAUCGUCUUCUUGGACGAGCUGGAUGCCGUGGGCUACAAGCUUACUGACACAGACUUACACUGUGCAGAUCCUCUUCCCGUUGCCCUUUCUCCCUUAUACUGA